AGUGUACCACUUUCUCCGCCAGCAUAGAUCGGGGCGGACAUAGAUCUAUCUAUUUCGUACUGAAAUAGGUAGAACAAUGAUAAAAUAGUUUGGAAAGGAAAUUAAGUGGUGUUUUAAUAGUAUUCUGGCUUUUUUUUACUGUGUGAUAAUUAACAAAAAAAAAACUUUAGUAAAUAACAGUGUUUUUUUUUUGUUCAAAAUAUAUUUUAUUGUGUGCAUUCCUCGUUGGUCUUGUUACGUCACUAGAGUUCAAGCGCCACCUUACGACAGUCACAUCCACGAUGGCGUCGAGUAAAGUUAACCAAAAGGGAGGCCCUCGGGCUGAAAGCUACAGAUAUGCAGUUACACCAUCGGGAGAUGACAAAAAGAAGAAAAAGAAGAAGGGGGAGGAGAAGUUGGAUGAACUUAAACAGGAGUUGGAUAUGGAUGAGCAUAAGAUCCCCAUUGAAGAAUUGUACGAAAGAACUGGGGCAGAUCCUAACAAUGGCCACAGUGUGGAAAGAGCAAAGGAAAUCCUGGCCAGAGAUGGCCCUAACCAACUGACUCCACCAAAGACAACGCCAGAGUGGGUGAAGUUCUGCAAAGUGUUAUUCACAGGAUUUUCACUUCUACUUUGGAUUGGUGCUAUAUUGUGUUAUAUUGCAUAUUCCAUUCAAGCUUCUCAGGCAGAGGAUCCACCUGGGGAUAAUUUAUAUCUAGGUAUUGUGCUGACAGCUGUAGUGGUGGUUACUGGUUGUUUCUCAUAUUAUCAGGAAGCCAAAAGCUCACGUAUUAUGGACUCUUUCAAAAACAUGGUUCCUCAGUAUGCAAUUGUUGUUCGAGGAGGACAGAAAUUAAGUAUUCGCGCUGAAGAGUUAGUACUUGGUGAUAUAGUUGAAGUGAAAUUUGGAGAUCGUGUACCUGCUGAUAUCAGAGUGAUCUCUGCCCAUGGUUUCAAAGUAGAUAAUUCUUCACUAACUGGAGAAUCUGAGCCUCAGACAAGAACUGCUGAAUUUACACAUGAGAACCCACUUGAAACUAGGAAUUUAGCUUUCUUUUCCACCAAUGCUGUUGAAGGAACUUGCCGUGGCAUUGUGGUCAAGACUGGUGAUAACUCUGUGAUGGGACGUAUUGCCAACCUUGCUUCAGGCCUGGAAGUUGGAGAGACCCCUAUCGCUAAAGAAAUUGCCCAUUUCAUCCAUAUCAUUACUGGUGUAGCUGUGUUUCUUGGUGUUACCUUCUUCAUCAUUGCUUUCAUUCUUGGAUACUUCUGGCUGGACGCUGUCAUUUUCUUGAUUGGUAUCAUUGUAGCCAACGUACCUGAAGGUCUUCUAGCUACUGUCACUGUGUGCUUAACACUGACUGCCAAGCGUAUGGCCAAGAAAAAUUGUUUGGUCAAGAAUCUGGAGGCUGUGGAAACUCUGGGAUCCACGUCAACCAUUUGCUCUGAUAAGACUGGAACUCUGACUCAGAACAGAAUGACAGUAGCUCACAUGUGGUUUGAUGGACGCAUUAUUGAAGCUGAUACAAGUGAUGAUCAAUCCAAUGCCUCCUACUCUCGCAAUGACCCAACCUGGAUGAGCCUGGCACGUAUUGGUAUGCUCUGCAACCGUGCUGAAUUUAAAGUGGGACAAGAAAAUGUACCAGUACUUAAAAGGGAGUGCAAUGGUGAUGCUUCAGAAUCUGCUUUGUUGAAAUGUGUUGAGCUGUCAAUUGGCAAUGUUACAGAGUUCAGAAGACGCAAUAAGAAAAUUAGUGAAAUUCCUUUCAACUCAACUAAUAAAUAUCAAGUAUCUAUUCAUGAAACUGAAGAUCCCAAUGACCCAAGCUUCUUGCUGGUAAUGAAGGGUGCACCUGAGAGAAUUAUGGACCGUUGCUCCACAAUACUCAUGCAUGGCAAGACACAACCCCUAGAUGACAAUUUCCGUGAUGCUUUCAAUGUUGCCUAUCUCGAGCUGGGUGGACUUGGAGAAAGAGUCUUAGGUUUCUGUGACUAUGUUUUACCAUCAUCUGAAUUCCCACCCAAUUAUCAAUUUGAUCCUGAAGGUCCCAACUUUCCCAUUACUGGACUUCGUUUUGUUGGUUUAAUGUCUAUGAUAGAUCCUCCUCGUGCAGCUGUACCUGAUGCUGUAGGCAAAUGCAGAAGUGCUGGUAUCAAAGUCAUUAUGGUUACUGGUGAUCACCCCAUUACUGCCAAGGCCAUUGCAAAAGGUGUUGGAAUUAUUUCUGAGGGCAGCAAGACUGUGGAAGAUAUUGCUGCUGAGCGAGGAUGCCCAGUAGAAGAGGUGGACCCAAGAGAGGCUAAAGCUGCUGUUAUCCAUGGUGGUGACCUCAGGGACAUGACCCCUGCUCAGAUUGAUGAAAUUCUAAUUAACCACAGUGAAAUUGUAUUUGCUCGUACAUCACCCCAGCAGAAGUUGAUCAUUGUAGAAGGUUGCCAGAGACAGGGACAAAUUGUGGCCGUAACUGGUGAUGGUGUCAAUGACUCUCCUGCACUCAAGAAAGCUGAUAUUGGUGUUGCCAUGGGCAUUGCUGGAAGUGAUGUCAGUAAGCAGGCUGCUGACAUGAUUCUCUUGGAUGAUAACUUUGCAUCAAUUGUCACUGGUGUUGAGGAAGGUCGUCUCAUCUUUGACAACUUAAAGAAGUCCAUCGCCUACACUCUGACCUCAAACAUCCCUGAGAUUUCCCCUUUCUUGUUGUUUAUCCUGGCUGACAUUCCCCUUCCUCUUGGCACCAUCACCAUCUUGUGUAUUGAUCUUGGCACAGACAUGGUGCCUGCCAUCUCACUGGCUUAUGAACAGGCAGAGCUGGACAUCAUGAAGAGAUUGCCCAGAAAUCCUCUUAAAGACAAGCUCGUCAAUGACAGAUUGAUCAGUAUGGCCUAUGGUCAAAUUGGUAUGAUCCAAGCCACAGCUGGCUUCUUCACAUACUUUGUUAUUAUGGGUGAGAAUGGUUUCUGGAUGAGUCGUCUCCUUGGUAUUCGCAAAGAAUGGGAUUCUUUGGGUAUUAAUGACUUGGAGGAUUCAUAUGGUCAAGAAUGGACUUACUCCCAACGUAAGAAACUUGAAUAUACAUGCCACACUGCUUUCUUUGUGUCUAUUGUGAUAGUGCAGUGGGCUGAUCUCAUUAUUUGUAAAACAAGGCGUUUGUCCCUGUUCCAACAGGGCAUGAAAAACCAUCGUUUAACUUUUGGAUUGUUCUUUGAGACUGCCCUAGCUGCUUUCUUGUGUUAUUGCCCUGGAUUAGACAAAGGUCUUCGUAUGCAACCUCUUAGAUUCACUUGGUGGUUAGUUGCUUUGCCCUACAGCUUAGCCAUCUUCAUUUAUGAUGAAGUGCGCAAAUUUAUACUUAGACGUCACCCUGGAGGAUUUGUGGAGAGAGAGACUUACUACUAGAUAGAUGCAUAAAGAAAAUAGUUUGUGUUUGUGUUGAAUAAUGAAUCUGUCAUGGAAAGUUAUGAAGCAAAAGUUUUAAGUAGAUUGCACCUGCAAUGUAGGUUGUACUCAUUUUUAAAACAUGUAUUCAAUACAUAAAUUUAUAUAUAUAUAUACAUUUACUUAUUUGUGGAAAAUGUGCUGUUAUUUGGUUUCUGAUACAAAGAAGAAAGUGUGUUUUCAGUGUACAAGUGAAUGUUUUUUUUUUUUUUUUAUUAAAUCUAAAUCACUGUUAGUAAGAAAUGAAGUUCAUGUUUGGUUUUCAUAGGUCAGUGUAGCAGUGUGACAUGAUUUGUUUCUGAUGUAUAUUUCACAUUAUAUUACCACUCAAAUUAAAGGGUUUGUGAAAUGUGUACAAAAUGAUUUUGCUUUUAAUUAUUUUUUUUUUUUUUUUGUUUGGAUUAUUUUGUAUAGUUGUAUAUGUAAUUAUUUUUGUAUUAGGCUGAGCUGAUCUAUUAAGAUUAGGGUGUGUAUGUUUAAAUGUUAACUUAGGUAUUUGUAUUGAGAGCUAAUCUUGUUCCAAUAAGUUGUAUCUGAGUAGCCUGGCAGACUCCAGCUCUCAAUAUACUUACAAUCUGAAGACUAGUCAGAUGCCCCCCCUUCCCAACCUACAUUUUUAUUUGUAUUGAAAGGGUUUAUUAGGCAUUAAGAAAUACUAAGCAGUGAAGAUGUUAAGAGGCAAUUGAGAUUUAUUAUUGUUCACCAUUAAACAUGUGAAGUAGCCUAUUAAAAGUGUUUCUUUUUUUUUUUUGGCUUACAUAACAUAGUUGCCCUCAGAUGUUCAUUGCACAACGCACUGUUUUUUUUUUUGUUUCUGAAUGCUAUAUAAACUCUGCCAGAUAGCAAAGAGAGGAAGAAAUCUCUACGUAGCAUGUUGAAGACUAAACAAAAGUUUUACAAUCUAUUUUUUUGUUUCGGGUUUAGUGUUCUGUUUGCUUCUCCCCACAUUUGAAUUUAAAAGUGUAAAAAAAAAUGGUUGUUGAUAUUUUUAUCCAUAUCAUUUACUAGAUCAAUCUUUUAAAUGUGGUUCCAUUUAUGUGCAUUUGUUUUGAUCCAUGUACUGUUACUCAUGCCCUAAACAGCAUCAUGUUUUUAAAAGCUGUUACUAUAGGUCAGUGGACCGAACCAGCCAGGUUGUUCUCAAUGCAGUAUACAACAACGCAAGGUACACACCAUCUAGAUGUAAUUAUGGAAGACAUGUGAUAAUAAAAUUAAAACUUGAUUUUUAAGCAUCGCAGGAUGAGGGAUUAAAUCAAGUUGAAGGCUUAUGUGUGAAGUCUGGUUUGAUGAAAAGGACGAUUUGUACACAUUUAUGUUGUAAUAUAUUUUUUACUUCUUUUUUUCCACAUAAACUUUUUUAAACAAAAUUAAUGCUGAUAGAUGUAAUAAGAGCUUUGAUACUUCAGCAUUGUCAAGGGAUAAGGAUUUUCUUUCCUUACUCUUAUUGACUUGUUGGUAAAAUGGCUCAUUGAAAUGUUUUUUUUGUUUGAUUAUAAAAAAAAUCAUUUAUUUUAAUCAGGAAUCUUUACUUUGUACUAGUUGUAGUUAAUUGAUUCAUGAUUUGAUUUGUUUGAGCCUGUGCAAUUGUUGCACAUGUUUGUGAUGUUUGGCAGGGGUAUGUUUUGAGUACUGCAAGUGAAAACUUUAAAAGUCCUUUUCUCAGCACCCUCACCUUUCUUUACUCCCCCCUCGAGGGAACAUUAAUGCCUCUAACAUUAUGGCUUCUAAGCAGUAUUAGAGCCUUUUACCUAGGACUCGUGAGGAGUGCUGAUGGACAACUUUGCAAAAUACACAUUUUGUAUUGAUGGACCAGAAAAAUGCAUUUUAAAAGUUAAAAAUGUGAAUAUUUUUAUUAUUCAUUUGCUUCAUUUAAAGAUCUUGUAGCUAAUUUAUACCAGUUUAUAUAUAUAUAUACUACAUAGUAUGUUUCAGUAGCAGUUGAACGUCCUAGACUUGUACUAGCCUGUGUAUUCAUUCUGUUGUGAACAUUUCAACAAGAACAAAAUGAUAGCUUCCUCCCAACAUUCCAUUUUAUGUUUCCUUUUAUAGCCUUAUUCCUGAUUAAAAAAAAAACAACUGAAUCCAAUCCACCUUUAAUUUAAUUAGGUUCACUACUGUGUGCUUACCAAAGCUUUCUUUGAUCCUGUUUAUAUAUGCAGUGGUCAAACCAAAUCAGAUGGUUUACUUCUGUAAUUAUAUGUUCUUAAUUCAUGCCUUUCUACUUAGGUAAGUGAUAACUAUCACCUUUUUUGUCUUAUCAAGCAGAUUUUGUUUUCUAUGUUCUUACUAUUAGUCACCUCUUAUGUCAUUUUUUAAUGCAACUUUAAUCGAAUAAAGAUCUUAAUAUCA